AUGGAAAAACCACCCGCCUUGGAUCAGUAUGACGGGACCACCGACCCCGAUGAUCACAUAAGGAGCAUCGAAGCUGUCAUGGACUACCAUGUUGUCCGGGGAUCCAUCAAAUGCCGCAUCUUUCCGACCACAUUAAGGAAAGGCGCGAUGACAUGGUACAGGAAUCUGCCCCCUGACUCCAUCCACUCCUGGACUGAACUGAAGGACCUUUUCCUAAGCCACUUCACCGCCUCUCGUCGGCAACCGAAGUCGGAAGCAAAUCUUGAAGCGGUAAUCCAAGGUACCAACGAACCUUUAAGAAACUACCUCGACAGGUUCAACAAAGAAGCUAUCCAAGUGCAGACGACAGACUACAUGAAGAGGUACCUCCUCGAACGAGGGCUCCUCCCCGGAAGCGACUUCAAAAAGGCCGUGAAGAUUGAGAAAGUCCACUCCAUGAACGCCCUCCUUCGCAAGGCUCAAGCCUUCAUAGCAUUCGAGGAGGGAGAGGCUGCUGCCAUGAAAGCCUCGCGAGGCAAUGAUGCCGCUCGCAGUUCAAACUAUGAGCACUCAGGCUCGAGACGCGGGCAUGAAAAAAGGGAAGACGACAGGUCUCUCGAUACCAAGGAGCGCCGAGGACCUUCCGGUCGCUUCAACGACUACACCCCUCUAAACGCCUCACGGGAACGGAUUCUGGCCGAAUGCCAAAACACUGACUUCAAGAAGUCGAACAUCAGGCCCCCGAAAUCAAAUCCCGCGAGGCCAGGAACCGACAAGUCCAAGUACUGCAAAUACCAUAAGAGUCAUGGACACAUGACCGAGGAAUGCAUUCACCUCAAGGAUGCCAUUGAAACAUUGAUCAAGGAGGGUCGCCUUUCGAGAUACACAAAGAAAGGGGAACCUUCUCGGAGAUACGACUAG